GAGCAGGCAAUACAGGAGAAACUUCAAAAUCUGUCACAGAGCUGUGAAAGCUACAUGAGUCCGGAUGUUGCUUCAAGUAAAGAGAUGAGUGACAGCUUUGAAGGAGCAAUAGGGAGUGGAAAACAAGAAGGGAAGUCUUCAAAGAAACAUAAGAAAUCUACACGCGCUCGUUCACGCCAGGAGAAGUCCAGCAGACCAAAACUGACCAUAUUAAAUGUUUGUAACACAGGGGAUAAGAUGGUGGAGUGCCAGCUUGAAACACACAAUCACAAAAUGGUGACGUUUAAGUUUGAUUUGGAUGGCGAUGCACCAGAGGAAAUUGCUACUUACAUGGUAGAGAAUGAAUUCAUAUUACAGAGUGAAAAAGAGACAUUUAUUGAACAAAUGAAAGAUAUUAUUGAUAAAGCAGAAGAUAUGCUCAGUGAAGACACAGAAGGAGAACGAAGUUCUGAUCAGGGAAUGAGUCCCCAGCAAGAUACCAAUAGACUAGAAAUGAACGAGGAGAAGCGGCAGUCUCAAAUGAAGACACCCGUGUAUCAACAAAAUGUUUUGCAUACUGGGAAAAGGUGGUUUAUUAUAUGUCCUGUUGUGGAAAACGCUACUACUGAUGCACCAGAAUUUUCUCCACCGGUACCUCAGAGUACACAGCAGUCUGAAGGGCCAGACCUGGACCAGUCAGAUGAUCAGCAAGCAAGCUCUGCGGUGACAGAUCCACCUGGAGUCUUAGCCGGUCAGCAGCUUUCCCUUCAAGCAGGUGUAUGUGACAGCCCCAUUGGAGCCCCUCCGUCUUUGGCACAAGUUCCUGCCACAGCGUCUUCCGCUGGCUUACUGAGCCAAGUGGAGUUUCCAGCUCCGGCAGUGCCAGGAUCUGUUCCAAAUGUCCCGGAGCAAGCAGCUGCUAACGACAGUCAGCUGGAGUUUUCUCCACUGAAGGCAGCGAUACCUGCUCAGCCGGCUGCUCCUGCCCCCCGUGCCACCUUGCUGGAGGAGCCUUCCGACGCUCUCCCCACUCCUCAGCACCUGCAGCCACAGGCUGACGAGGGCACAUGUGUUCCUGACGUGGAGAUAGCAUGUUGCAGCGUCGGGCCGCACAAGUUGGUCCCAGCAGCUCCUGUGAAGGCAGCGGAGCUCUGCCCACUCCCUGUGCUCCCAGAUGCCGUUGUUUUGGAACGGCAGCCUGCAGCGCAGGUCCCUCACCUGCCAGAGGCCGGCCAGCCUGGUGUGGUGCAGCACUCCUUCAUGAACCAAACAUUCCCCAUGGCUGGCACAUCUGAUCCCCUCGCUCUGGCAGGGUCUCAACUCCAGAGCCCUACUCAGGUGCCAGCGGCCGCAUCCCAGCAGCACACGAUGUUGUCCCAGGCACAGCCCGUGGCCUGCGCUGGUAUGGGGAUCAGCCUGCUGCAACAGCAGCAGCCAAGCACCGCUGAGUCCGACGGAGAGGGACCACCCAGGGUGGACUUUGUUGACAACACAAUAAAAAGCCUUGAUGAGAAGUUGCGCAAUUUACUUUACCAGGAAUAUGUUCCUACUUCUUCUGCAUCAGCAGGGACUCCAGACACCUCUGUCCCAUUGGAACAGGGUGACAGUGAAUUUAACUUGCCACCUUUUCCUGAAGAUCAAGUUCCCACGUUGGCAUUGGAUUUGAGAGAACCAGGCCAUAAUGUUGCAGAUACCGACCAGGAGGUGAAAGCUACUACCGAGGCCCAGUCAGUGCCACUCGUACCAUCUGAGAUACCACCUUACCCAAUACUGUUUGAAAUGUCGGAGGUCACCAGCAUCAGUGCUCAUCCCUCAGAAGCAAGAGGUGGGUCAGCAAGCAGAAAAGGUUCAACUGCAAGCAUCGCUUCAGCUCCUGCUGCUACAGGAAAAGGCCUCCUUCAGGUUGCACCUACAUCAUCAAACACAGCUAAACAGAUGGAAACUUCUAAAAGGAGCGAGAAGGCAAAGUCUGUGACUUCAUCUGCACACACAGACAAUGUAAUGCAGAUAUCUACAGCAGAUGGGGUGAUAAAUAACCUUCAAAGGGAUGACUCUCUAGACUCUGGUUCCUAUGGAAAACAGGCUAAAACUCACGAUAGUGGUACACCAGCCAAAACUAUUGGCAGGUUUUCAGUAAUCAGCACGCAGGAUGAAUUAACUUUAACAGCACCGCACUGCUUAAGGUUCUCGGCACCCCCAGACGUCUAUUUGGAUGAGCUACCUUCCAGCCCUGAUCUGAAGACAGCUGUCCGACGGGUGCAGACAGCCUCUUCUGUCGAUGUCCUCUGUGACCAGGGUUCCAGUGAUUCUGCUGAUGAGUCUUUCCAUCGUCAGUCGGCUGCUGCUGCCCAACUGUCCCCCCCGAGCAGUAGCACAGCCACUGACUUAAUUAAAAAAGCAGCUGCUUUUCUGCAAAGAUCUGGCAAAGCUAGCUCGCCAGGCCUCGAUUCACCUAACGGGCAAGGAACGAAAAUUCCUACCAUCAACAUAACAUCUUUCCACUCGCAGUCCUCAUACAUGAGCAGCGACAAUGACUCAGAAUUUGAAGAUGCAGAUAUGAAGAAAGAAUUGCAGAACCUGAGAGAAAAGCAUAUGAAAGAAAUUGCUGAACUUCAGACUCAGCAAAAGAAUGAGAUAGAGGCACUGUAUAUUCGGUUAGGGAAACCCCUUCCUCCCAACCUGGGGUUCCUUCACUCAGCCCCACCAAGCAGCCGUCGCCGAAGAACCAGCAAAAAUAAAUUGAAAGGUGGAAAACUAUUAAACCCUCUGGUCCAGCAGCUCAGGAGUGGAACAUCAAGCACAAGUAAUCUUUCAGACUCUAAAGACUCACCCCACAAAGAAACAACUAAAACUCAGCCUGGAGCUCCUGAAGCAGCAGCAGUAACUUCCCCUGCCUCGGCCGCCUUUGGGAAGGCUGUUCAGACACAGCAGCCGUGCUCUGUCAAAGCCUCUUUGUCUUCUGACAUCUGCUCCGGCUUAGGCCCCGAAGGAGGUGACGUGAACGCGAGCUCUGGCCAAG